CGGAUGGAAACCUGGUUUAAAAAAAAUUUAUCUACCUAACGUAAUUUUCCGUUUGAUGCGAACACCCUCUCUACCUCCAAAUAAAGUGGCAUUUCGAAUUCCAACUAAUAUUAAUAAACUAGAUAUAAAAGAUUAUCUAACAAAUAUUUAUAAACUUGAUGUAGUUGAUGUGCGUACUAUGGUUUAUGCUGCAGAAUCCCAAAUAAAUAACCAGAGAUAUAGACCUAGUUAUAAAAAAGCUAUUGUCACUUUAGGUGAUGAUUUUAAUUAUCCUCCAAGACCUAUAGAGUUAAAAUAUUCCGAUGCCGAACUUUUUCGGGAAGAUAGAAAAUCUCGAUAUAGAAAGUUGGCCGGUUGGAAAUCUAGACCUAUUAGAGUGCUCGUAAAACAAGAAGAAAAUUAUAAACUAAAAGAAGAGAAGGAUAAGCAAAUCAAAGAAAGAAAUCUUGAUGUAGAAAAAUCCGAAGGAAAUUAAUAUGAUGAAUUCAUAAUUUU